AUGUCGAUACCCAAGCCUGAGAUACUCGCACAUCACCUUUGUAAUCCUCUAUACCACCAUCCUCUUCUACGCAGGAACCUACCCAGCCUUUGCCUUCUCGCCAAAUUUGAUAACCUCCUCGAUAUCCAGCAGCUCGUAGUCCCCAAUCUCCAGCGUCUCCCCAUCCUUGUUCCGCCCAACCGACGUCCCAAUCAUGUACAGCUCGAGGUAAUUCACCAAGUGCAUGUCCACGUCAUCCAGCUUCUGCCCGCGGAAGUAAAUCUCCAGCUGGCCCGCCUCCUCCUCCUCCUCCGGCGGCGCAAACGACCGCAUCUCCAACACGCCCAGCCACGGCGCCAGCAGCGCCUCCCCCGUCAUCUUAACGCACCACAGCGUGUAAAAGUACCGCAGCCGCACGUCCACGUCCGCCACGGGCAGCCGGUCCAGGUAGGCCACCUCGCGCGGGCAGAAGACGUCGGCGUGCAUCUCGAGGAAGGCGAGCCACCCCUCGGACCGGACGUACUGCCGGUCGCGCUCGCGGCGCUCCGAGGGGCAGACGACGUCGACGCCCAGCGUGACGCCUGUCGGGGGGUGCAGGGCCGCGGCGACGACGACGAGACCCGCCUGGUGCGAGACGUUGAAGAUGAGGGGCUCGGACCCGUCGUCCGGGUGGACGAAGACGGGCUUGGUGUCCUUGUUGCGCGUGGCCACCGCGGCGUCCCAGGCCACGCCGGCAUAGCGGCUGAUGAGGUAGCGCUUGAGGAGCUGCGAGCCCAGGGCCAUCUUGGCGUCCUUGCAGUGGACGUAGCGCAGGGCGUCCUCGCGCUGCGUGGGCGUCAGGAGCUCGAGGGCCCUCGCCGCCUGUUGGGGGUGUUCAGCUACUGGUACUUGGAUGUCCGUCUUCUGGGGCGGAGAGACUUACAUGUUGUCGGAGCUGGCUUGUCUGCGUCGCCUGCGGCCAGAGCUUACGGGUGUCGAGGACCCAUUGGAUUACGACUGUCUUGUUGUCGCUGGCCAUUGUAG